CGUUGGACGGCGCGGGGUAGGUUACUCUUAAGCAGUUGAAUAACAAUAAAACGGGGGCGAAAACGCAGGAUUCCGCACCGCAAAACUACCCCGAUCCAUCCGAAUGGAGGCGGCCAUCAACCCGUCUCUUGACAGCAGCUCUGUGGGAGUAGGGCUGUCUGUCAUGGGUGGGAUGGAGCAGAGUUCGGGCAAGCGUAUUAGGAAACCCUCGCUGCUCUAUGAGGGCUUUGAGAGUCCGUCUCUGCCCCACGUGCUUCCACCCGGACCCCCUCCGCCCCAGCAGCCCCCGGUUACAGACCCCAGCCGACAGGGACGCACCACCAAUCAGCUGCAGUUCCUCCACAAGGUCUUGGUGAAAGCAUUGUGGCGGCAUCAUUUCGCAUGGCCUUUCCAUGAACCUGUGGAUGCGGUCCGACUCAACUUACCUGACUACCAUAAGAUCAUCAAACAGCCGAUGGACAUGGGCUCAAUCAAGAAACGACUGGAGAAUGACUACUACCGUAGUGCCAGCGAGUGCUUGCAGGACUUCAAUACCAUGUUCACCAACUGUUACAUCUACAAUAAGCCUACAGAUGACAUUGUGCUGAUGGCACAGUCUCUGGAGAAGGUCUUCUUACAGAAGGUUGCCCAGAUGCCCCAGGAAGAGAUUGAGUUGGCCCCUCCUACCCCUAAAGGCAGAGGAGCAAAAACUAUCAAAGGACGUCGAGGCAGAGGAGGAGGAAGUGUUACGUCAGCUCACCAGGUGCCUGCCGUGUCGCAAUCAGCAUACUCUCCUUCCUCACCCGACACACCAGAUUCACGGUUUUCCACCCCACCUCAGACCCUGCUGAGCAACAGCGGCCCUCCUCCACCACUGAUGACCGCACCACCCACCCAACCCACCGCAAAGAAGAAGGGUGUGAAGCGUAAAGCUGACACCACCACUCCCACUACACUCAGCUUCCCCGUGACCGCAGCUGCUCGGAUGGGAGGCAUGGGAAAAGGUCACGGAUCGGCCGGAGAGAUGCCCCACUCUCUGUCCUCCAUGCCUGUGGAUUGUUUACCCAGCAUGGGCGUGAACGAGCCUACCCACCUCCAGCCCGUCCUAGGGCGACCACUGUCCCGUCGUCCAAUUAAACCUCCACGUAAGGACCUGCCCGACUCAGUGCGCCCCCAUCAGCCCUCGCGGCGGGGGAAACUAAGCAAGCAGCUUCGCUACUGCAGUGGCGUCCUUAAAGAACUGCUGUGCAAAAAACACGCGGCGUACGCCUGGCCCUUCUACAAACCCGUGGACGCGUCGACGCUGGGCCUGCAAGACUACCACGACAUCAUCAAACACCCCAUGGACCUCAGCACCAUCAAGAGGAAGAUGGAUGAGCGUGAGUACAGAGAUGCCCAGCAGUUCAGUGCUGAUGUCAGACUCAUGUUCUCCAACUGCUAUAAGUACAACCCACCUGAUCAUGAUGUGGUCGCCAUGGCACGAAAACUGCAGGAUGUUUUUGAGUUCCGCUUCGCAAAGAUGCCUGACGAAGUUUCGGAGGAGGAGGAAUUGUCUCCCAUGCCAUUAGGACGGACCAUGGGCAUGCUGGGAAUGCACCACUCCUCCUCUUCAUCAUCCUCAUCCUCCUCCUCUUCCUCCUCGUCGGAGAGCGAGCCGAGGAGCGACAGUGAGCCGAGCAGCGACAGCAGCCCGAGUUCUGACAGCGAGGAGGAGAGAGCUCAACGCCUGGCCCAGCUGCAGGACCAGGUGUGUACUCAGCUCAGAGCAGUACAUGAGCAGCUGGCAGCCCUCUCCUCCGGCCCGAUUGUCAAACCUAAAAGGAAACGAGAGAAAAAGAAGGACAAGAAGAAGAAAAAGAAGCCAGUGAAACGCAGAGGAAGUCGAAGUUUGAUGAGUGAUGAGCGGGAGAAACCUUCCAAACUGCCUAAAAGCAAAUCCAGCCAUGCUUCCCUGUCAUCCACACAGAGCAAGAAAGGCCCUGCGAAGAAAAGCAGCAAGAACAAGAGCACAAAGAAAUCAUCCCCAUCUCGUUUCGCCGUGGCUGCUGCCGUCUGCUUGCCGCACUACGACUCUGAGGAGGAAGAGGACGGCCUUCCCAUGAGUUAUGACGACAAGCGGCAGCUCAGCCUGGACAUCAACAAGCUGCCCGGGGAGAAACUGGGCCGCGUGGUGCACAUCAUCCAGUCGCGGGAGCCCUCACUGCGCGACACCAACCCCGAGGAGAUCGAAAUCGAUUUUGAAACACUGAAACCGUCCACACUCCGUGAGCUGGAGCGAUAUGUGAUGACCUGCCUGCGCAAGAAGCCCCGCAAACCAUAUGUGGUGAAGAAGGGAGGAGGUGGAAAGAGCCGAGAGGAACUGACUCUGGAGAAGAAGAGAGAGCUGGAGAGGAGGUUACAGGAUGUGAGCGGACAGCUGAACUCUGCUAAGAAACCCCAGAAACCCAAAGAGGUGAAGGUGCCGGAGGACACUCAGGAGGUUGGGGCAGCAGUGCUUGUGGUAGGAAUUCUUGUGGGAUUUUUGGGAUUUGUGGUGGGAAUCAUUAUUAUCGUAAUGAGCAAGAUGGAGCUGCGGGCUGAAUGA